CCCCCAACCCCCUCCCCGUAGUGGUCCCUGGUUCUCCUCUGGUUCGUUGAGCGCAGAGUGCGAGUCCUUGGUUGGAAGUGGAAAAACUAUUCCGGUAAAAAUGGACAUGAGCAGCGAGUCGAGCGCGGCCAGGUGGUACGAGCCCCCUAGGUCGUCGCUGGAGCCGCCAUCGGGGGGAGCAGGAGUUGCUGGCGUCGUUGGCAACCCCACAGACUACAGGGGCUAUUAUCCACAUGCUGGACCCACCGCCCACCACCCUGCCGCUGCCGCCGCCCACUACGCUCACACGAGGAUGUCGGGCAGCGGUGUAACGAGCGGUCCAGUGAGCCAGGUCUGUCGGCCGCACUUCCACAGUUCGGUGCUACACCCCUGGCUGUCUAGCAGCGGAGCAGACACCUCGAAGACGCCAUGGGGAUUCCCGACGUCGACGGGCUCCACAGGCGGCGGGGUGAGCGACGACAAACCUCAGAGCCCUCUGGGCUCCUCGCUGCCCCCGACGACGGGCAGCUUGUCCAGCCACGGUGGUGCCAGCGCUGGUCACCACCUUUUCUCCUUCCCCCCGACACCCCCGAAAGACGCGACCCCGGACAGCAUCACAGCGAGCACUACCUCUAGUACAGCGAACAACAACAACAACAGCAGUAGUGCCAGCAACAACAACACCAGCAAUCCUCUGUCAGGGCUGACAGGCGGAGCGAGCAGCGAGUAUCAGGCGGCAGUGGCGCACGCGGCGGUGAUGGGAGCUUUCAUGCACCACCAGGACGCCCUUGGUGGCAGCGGAGCGAGUUCCUGCGACGUGAAGCCCAGCGUGAUGCUCGGCCACCAUCACGGAGCACCCUCGCCGCCCCAUCAGCAACACAACGGCAGCACGAACGCGGGGAACGGCGGGAACGGUGGGAACGGAGGCGCAGCGACGGGUCAGGUGAAGCAGCGCGAAGGUAAUAACCAGUCAGGCAGCAGCCAACAGGCGAGCACCACGCAGCAGCAGCAGCAGCAACAGCAGCAGCAACAACAGCAACAACAGCAACAGCAGCAGCAGCAGCAACAAGAGGCUGCGUACCAAGGGAACAGUGUGGCGGGCGGUGGUGGCGGUGGUGGCGGUGGAGCGAGCUCACCGUCGUGCAGGGACAGUUACGCGGCCGCUGCCGCCGCCGCCGCCGCAGCCGCGGCCGCGGCCGCCUCUAACAGCCACCAUGCCGGCUCCGGGUCCCAGUACGAGCCGGCGAGCAGCGCGUAUAACAUGUACCAGCACCUGCAGUAUCCUAAUACCACCCACCACCAUCACCAUCACCAUCAUCACGCCGCCUCCUCUACGUCUUCUUCUUCGUCUACGUCCCACAAUCCGCACAACGGUACAGCCGCGGUUUCCGCCGGUUUAUUCGGCCAUCACGCCGCGGCGGCGGCAGCGGCCGCGGCCGCGAACGCGGCCGGCGUGGCCGGCGUGAACGUCGACUCGAAGCUGUUGGUCGGCCACGGGCACGGCAACCAGCCGAGCUCGCCGUCCGCGCAGCAGCAGCAGCAGCAAAAGCCCAGGAACAAGUCGAGGACGUCCGCCGAGGGUCGCGAGUGCGUGAACUGCGGCGCGACGUCGACGCCGCUCUGGAGACGGGACGGCACUGGCCACUACCUUUGCAACGCGUGUGGACUCUACUACAAGAUGAACGGUCAGAACCGGCCGCUGAUCAAGCCGAAACGACGACUGUCGCUGCAGAGCGCGGCGAGGCGGGCGGGCACCAGCUGCGCCAACUGCAAGACCGCGACCACCACGCUCUGGCGGAGGAACCAGGCCGGGGAGCCAGUCUGCAACGCGUGCGGCCUCUACUACAAGCUGCACAACGUGAACCGGCCGCUGACGAUGAAGAAGGAGGGCAUUCAGACGAGGAACAGGAAGCUGUCGUCGAAGAGCAAGAAGAAGAAGGCAGGCGGCUGCCUGGGCCUCGGCGGCGUCAUGGGCGAUAUGAUCAAGGCCAGUGGUCACCUCGAUCUCGACAACAAGCCCUUCCACUCUGGCUUCGGCUCGCCCAUGAGCACGUCGCAGCAUCACCACACGAUGCACCCUGCGAUGCAGCACUACAUGUACCACACGGGGGUUGGAGUGGCCGGUGGAUUGCACCAGGGGUUCGCGCCUCCGGCACCGCCGCCGAUCCACCCGCAUUCUCACUCGCAUUCCCACUCCCACCACAUGACCAGCCUUCAGGGUCUCCAGCUGGCCGCCACGACGAACGCGAUGACCGGCUGGCGAUCGGAGUACACAUGAAUCGCGAGUGACCACCAGCUCAGGACGCAGCCCACCACUCUCGUUCUAGCGUAAUAGAGAAACUCUCUCUCUCUCUCUCUCUCUCUCUCUCUCUCUCUCUCUCUCUCUGUCUCUCCCCCCU